ACGUGGUCGAGCAACAUCACAUUUCAACUUGAACCCAAUCUGACUUGUUAGCAUUCGCACUUGUUCUUGUCACCCUUUCGUCGUAAUUCUCCUGCAGUGUUCCUUUAUUUUCUUGCAUCACUUUCGGGGACAACGUCCUUCAAUUUGGAUAACGAUGGUCGCGAAAACCAAGUUCUGGGCUGUUAGGGUUGGUAGGGAAGGGCCAAAGAUCUAUACGUCCUGGGACGAGUGCGAGAAAAAUGUGAGCAGGUACCCAAAAGCGAAGCAAAAAGGCUUUGCUACCAGGACAUUGGCCGAGGAAUACAUUGCGCCUUUUCUCAGAGCAUCGUCGUCGCAGGCAGGUUCCAAAACACGGCUGACUGAACCUGAAAUCAUAUACAUCGACUCUGACUCCGAUUCUGACGUUCAAAUCGUGGAGAAGCCUAAGCCAUCUUCUGCGAAGAAACCUGCAUCUAAACGAAAGCGCCUCCAUAUUGAACUAGAUUUUGACGAUGAUUCGGAUCUCGAGAUUCAGCUCCUAGGCGGGCCGUUCUCCAGCAAAAUGUCCAAAGGUCCUCCUGAACCGAAUGAAGGGCCUUCGACCAUUUGUCUAUCACCGGAGCAACAGCAUGUGAUGAACCUAGUCAAAGAAGGCCGGAGUGUAUUCUUCACAGGUUCCGCAGGCACCGGAAAGUCUGUUCUCCUUCGUGAGAUCAUCAAGGCCCUCCGUGAGAAACCCGGGCAUGUAACAGCUAUAACUGCCAGUACGGGAAUUGCAUCUGUCAACAUAGGCGGCACGACACUGCAUUCCUGGGCCGGUAUUGGGCUUGGUCAAGAUGGAGCAAAGAAAUAUGCUGACAAAUUUAUAUAUCAAAAGAUCUUUGAGACUACCUUAAAACGCUGGCGCACUGUUGACACCCUCAUUAUUGACGAAAUUUCUAUGCUUGAUGGCAAACUAUUUGAUAAACUUGUCGGUGAUGUUCUCAGCUCUCGCGCCGACGUCUGACCUGUAAUUAGGAAUACAUUGGCCGUCGCGUUCGUAAUGCCAUGGAUAUAUCUUUUGGUGGCAUUCAGCUCGUCCUUUCUGGAGAUUUCUGCCAGUUACCGCCAGUUCCGGAUCGUAGGGACGGAAAAAUAAUGCCGGUGACUUUUGCU